AUGGCUGAUCGUCGCUCAGAUUCGCAAGAGGGUGCUCGGGCUAAGCGCCAAAAGAUGGAAGCCGGAGACCCCAAGGACAAUCCUUAUCUGGCCCAUAUGUAUGAGUGCAGCAAUGGUGCCGACAAGAACUCGCCGCUAGCCAAAUUCAAGCGUCACCAAACAACCGCCGCUCUGGCCAAGAAGGCGGAAGAUGGCGACGUUAACCCCUUCAGUGGUCAGCCAUUCUCCAGCAAAUAUGUCUCAAUCUUGCAGGGUCGACGCGAUCUCCCUGUGCAUCAGCAACGCGAUGAGUUCCUACAGCUUUACCAGCAAUCCCAAAUCCUCGUUUUCGUUGGUGAGACUGGUUCCGGAAAGACCACUCAAAUCCCGCAAUUUGUUCUUUACGACGACCUCCCCCAGACACAGCGAAAGAUGGUUGCUUGUACCCAGCCUCGUCGUGUAGCAGCUAUGUCAGUCGCCCAACGUGUCGCCGCCGAAAUGGAUGUCAAACUUGGCGAGGAGGUCGGAUACUCUAUUCGUUUCGAGGAUAUGACUAGCCCAAAGACCGCCCUUAAGUACAUGACCGACGGUAUGCUUUUGCGUGAGGCCAUGAACGACCACAACCUGUCGCGCUACAGCACAAUUAUUCUUGACGAGGCCCACGAAAGAACAAUGGCAACCGAUAUCUUGAUGGGUCUGUUGAAGGAAGUGGUCGGGCGUCGUCCAGACUUGAAGAUCAUUAUCAUGUCUGCUACUUUGGAUGCGCAGAAGUUCCAGCGUUAUUUCAUGGAUGCGCCUCUUCUGGCAGUUCCUGGACGUACUCACCCCGUCGAAGUUUUCUAUACCCCCGAGCCAGAGCAAGAUUACGUUGAGGCCGCAAUUCGAACCGUUCUCCAGAUCCACGCCACCGAAGAUGAAGGAGAUAUUCUCGUUUUCCUGACUGGUGAGGAAGAGAUUGAAGAUGCUUGUCGUAAAAUCUCCCUCGAGGCCGAUGAGAUGGCGAGGGAGGCUGAUGCCGGUCCCCUUAGGACAUACCCCCUGUACGGAAGUCUGCCUCCGCAUAUGCAGCAACGUAUCUUUGACCCUGCGCCACCAGCUCGCCGCCCCGGAGGCCGCCCCGGCCGAAAGGUGAUUGUGUCAACGAACAUCGCGGAAACAUCUUUGACCAUUGAUGGUAUUGUGUACGUCGUGGAUCCCGGAUUCUCUAAGCAGAAAAUCUACAAUCCUCGUAUUCGUGUCGAGUCUUUGUUGGUCUCUCCGAUCUCCAAAGCAUCAGCCCAACAGAGAGCCGGUCGUGCUGGUCGUACGCGACCCGGAAAAUGCUUCCGUCUCUAUACUGAGGACGCCUUUAAGAAGGAGUUGAUCGAGUCGACAUAUCCCGAAAUUCUUCGAUCCAAUUUAUCAUCGACUGUUCUCGAGUUGAAGAAGCUGGGUAUUGAUGAUCUUGUCCACUUCGACUUGAUGGAUCCACCUGCCCCAGAGACACUCAUGCGUGCUCUGGAGGAACUCAACUAUCUGGCCUGUUUGGAUGACGAUGGAAAUCUCACUCAGCUGGGCCGCCUGGCUUCUGAAUUCCCAUUGGAUCCAGCACUCGCUGUAAUGUUGAUUAGCUCUCCCGAAUUUUAUUGCUCUAAUGAGAUGCUUUCUAUUGUCUCUCUGCUUUCGGUCCCACAAGUGUUCGUUCGCCCUGCAUCCCAACGAAAGCGUGCAGACGAGAUGAAGAACCUGUUUGCUCACCCAGAUGGUGAUCAUCUGACUAUGCUGAACGUCUACCACGCAUUUAAGGGUGCCGAUGCCCAAGAGAACCUUAAGCAAUGGUGUCACGAUCAUUUCCUGUCUCUGCGCUCUCUCCAAUCAGCCGAUAAUGUUCGCAAGCAACUUCUUCGUAUCAUGGAGCGUGAAGAACUUGAAAUGGUAUCCACCCCCUUCGAGGAUAAGAAGUACUACCCCAAUAUUUGCCGUGCUCUCUGCGCUGGCUUCUUCAUGCAGAUUGCCAAAAAGGAGGCCCAAGGCAAGAGUGUUUACUCAACUAUCAAGGAUAACCAAAGCGUGCUACUGCAUCCAUCUACUGUAUUGGCCCACGAGGCAGAGUGGGUACUGUACCACGAAUUUGUCCUCACUACCAAAAACUACAUCCGUACCGUGACUGCAGUGAAGCCCGAGUGGCUCUUGGAUAUCGCCCCCACGUACUACGAUAUCCCAACCUUCCCCAAGGGUGAAAUUCGCUCUGCUCUUAUGCGUGCUGCCGAUCGUCUCUCCCGCAAGGAGAAGCUGCGCAGUGACAAGCGCCGCUAA